GCUAUCAAAUGAAUGUGGUAAAUGCAUAAUACUUUCGAAGGGUCGAGUGAGAGUUAAUCUAACAAUAUCUAUCAAUCAAAUAAAGGAUUUUUUUUACAGUAAAAGCACAUUAAUUCAAAUGCUAAGAUCGACCUUGUUCCCCCUCUCCCUACCCCUUCCACUCAUUUUCAUAAAAGAAGCCUUUAAAUGACUCCUGCCUACUGCGAGGAAACGAGAAGCCUUCUUUGCUGAUGUCAUGUAGGUUAUAAAAAAUAAUAAAAAAAACAAAGAAAAAACAAAACAAAUGACGAUAGCAAAUGGAAUAUGCGUUGUGAUUUUAAAGCUACCAUAAACAAGAGGAAACUAAUUACGAUAUUUUGACCAGAUCGACACAAAUCGACUUAGCACAGAGAAAGCCUGUAAUGUUAGAGUGCAUACGGAAUGCCUAGUACUUCAGAACUAAAUUGUAAGCUAUUUAUAUUCGUCUAUGAUGUUUCAUAAAUAGGCGUUACAAUGGACCAUAAUUUACUGUGUGCAGUUGAAUGAUUAGCUCAACAAAAAAAACCAACUGCAAAAUAUUCAAUUGAAAAUAUUUACAAAACUUAAAGGAUAGAGAAAAUACCACAUGUGCAAAUGAAGAAGGAAUAAAAGUGAUGUUAUUCAAUGAUGAAUGAUACUAUUCGAGAAUCCAAAUGAUGUCCAACAUGUAUCUUAAUCAUCGACUAUCUUGUACUGUGUACUAGAAUCGUUUACUGUCCGGGAUGUUAAUGUUUCUUAACGAUGCUUUACACGCGGUCAGGAAUGGGAAGGGAUGAGUUAAUUUACAAGUGCAUUUUACUGACCGAAAGGCAUCUCAAUCAUACAGGGAAUUUCAUUACAAACCGUACAUACACGAAGGAAUUGCACUAAGAGUUGCAAAAUUAAAGAAUAUAAGCAAAAUGAAUGAUUACUAUCUCCAUGUGUCUUACAAUCGCUAAUGAUCUACAAAUCAACGAUUCGGUGUCGUAAAUAAUGCUGAUUGUUCGAUUCGGCGGUAUUUGAGUCAUAUGAUUUCUGCUUUAUUGGUGGUAAAACCGAUUCGGAUGGCGGUUUCCGAAUCGAUUGUAGGAAUUACGACUGAGUCACUUUUAUGCGCGACAGUGGUCGUUAUGAUUUGGGAAAGAUGUAUGCGGUAGUAUUAGUAUGAAUUAGUAUUAGUUGACGAAAUAUUGUCAAGCGAGUUAUAAUCUGGUUGGAAAACAAUCGCCCCUUUUUAAAAGCUUGAACUUGUUUAUUGAUAUCUGCUAUUCUGCACUGAAAUUUUUGAUCAAAUUGAUAAAGAUGCUUAAAUGUGCCAUAAACCUUGAAGAAAAACAAAAACCGUGCUUAUAGUCAAAAAUAUUGUGCUGAUCGCAGUCAAGUAGUCAAGUUAAUAUAUCUAUAUCUUCAUUGUGACCUUGCCGGAAGAUGCGCAGUAUAGAUAUAAUUUCUUUUGUUAUAAUAUACAACAUCUGCAAUAGAUUGAAUCAGCAUCAAGAUUAUGUAUUGUUAAAUUCGUGCGAGUGUGUAGUGGUACUUCAACUCAACGAGUUGCAAUAUGCAUAAAAUAUAAUGGGAAAUCUUGGCAUAACAGAAUGCUGCAAAUACACCGCUCAUGUGUCUCAACAUCAAGCUGUACAAAAAAUAUCCGCUUAAGGAAAAGGCUUAGGUAGAGAGACGCAUCAGAAGCAGCAUUUAACUACCCCGUUGCGUUUUUAUAUGUUUUUCGAAGAAUGCCAAAAUUUGGACACAGUAGGUAACAAGAGCAAACCGGUUUCACUGAUUGAAGGUAUUCGCGUUGAAAAUGUAUAAAAUGUGUACGGUUCUAAUUAGAUAAAACAAAACAUAUGCACCUUAUUGAAAUAUGUGUGGGACACAAUAGGCAAUUUUAAUAAGAGAGUGAAAAGCAUGAUGGCAUGGAGAAAAUAACUACGUUACUGGGAAAUGAUCGAUAUAAUUUUUAAUGGAAAUUUAAAAUAAAUAUCGAAAUGUACAACGAAAUAAAUGCAACAGGCACAAACAUAAUAAACAAAUAGCUGGAUAAUGCGCGUAAUUGUAUCUCAACAACGGGAAAUUUGCUGUAAGCACACAUAUUAAUGGUCUAUACAGGGUUGAAGAUGCUAGCAAUUCACCAUACGAAAAAAUUUACGGGAGUUUUUGGUUUUUAAACAACAAUAAAAUACUAAAAUAAGAAGAGACAUACAUUUUCAGCCUGCUAGUUGGUUGUCUCCACUGGCAACGAUGCGAAAGAAACAAAAGCAACGCCCUGAGUUCGUUUUAAUUAUAAAGCAAAGUAUGUGACUGAGCUGUUCAGCUCAAAAACAAAUCUAAUUUUAACAUUCGCGUAACAUACGUGCAAUGUCAAUAAAUAGAGUUUGUAGUUAUCUACCCGAAAACAAGCAUUAUCUAAAAUGAUAAUUAUAACUCUCAAAUAUCCUGAGUUUUUAAAGAUUGCAGAGGAGUGCCUACAACUUGUGGUGCCAGAUCGCUUUAGAUGACUUAAAUAGCACAUGCAUUUGAGAUGUAUGAGACACUAUUUAAAAAUGAUAAAGGAUAAUGAACGAUGUAUACUAGAAAUAGAAAUGAAUUUGACGGUCAAUAAAUUUUGCUGUAAUAAA